AUGCCAGCGAACAAGCGGCCCGGCGACGACGCCGCAGACGACGACCGCGACUCGCCGCAAGCGAAGCAUCCGAGGACGGACGCCCAUCUUCACCAGCACAACCAUGGCGACUUCCUCGGUGGCUUGCCGCCGACCAGCAACGGCAUCGGCGGUGGCAGCAAGAAGAAGUCGGCGGGUUCGUCGCGGACGGGGCAGGCCUGCGAUCGUUGCAAGAUUCGAAAGAUUAGAUGCGAUGCGCGACCGGGAGGCUGCUCGCCAUGUCUGCAGAACAACACCGAAUGCAAGACGACCGAUCGAAUCACCGGCCGGGCGACGACUCGAGGUCACACCGAGCACAUCGAGAACGAGAAUACGGCAUUGAGGCUGUACAUGAUCGAGCUGCAGCAGCAGUUGAAAGAGAAUGGACUCGAGCCCAAGCCGCCGCCGGGCAACGCGCAUGGCUACCUUUCCAACAACCUUCAGACCGGAUACCACGAUGGCUGGGAUGUGCAAAGCAGCGCAUAUGCCGCCCAAGCGUACCCUCUCCCGGCGCAUGAGUCUCCGGAACGUCAGACCACGGGCUCACUGCUGCCUGACUUCCGGGCUGGCUGCAUUGGAGACAACUAUCUGGGUGUCUCGUCCGAGAACAACUGGCUCAGUCCUAUUGAAGGCACUUCGCUCGCCCUGUUCGGCACCAAGAUCGAUCUGGCCGAGUUCAUGCCCUCUGAGGCGGAUCCAGCAACGUCUGCGAUGUCCUACAGAACUUUCUUGAGCCAUGCUUUUGGACGCACCCAACCGUUUCAACCUCCGCUGCCUCCAUACACACAGUGCAAAGUCUACGCCGACUGGUACUUUCGAUCGAUCCAGCAGUUCAUCCCCAUCCUCCACAAGCCGGACUUCAUGAACCUGCUUGAUCGCGUCUGUCACCAAGAAGGCCACCAACCGACUGCUGCGGAGACCGUUAUGGUGCACAUGGUAUUGGCAGUUAUCAACUUCCAGUACUCUCGGCGCAACGGCAACGAUCAGGCCCGUCACGAUUCCAUGAGCCACUACCACUACGCACUCAGCUUCAUUCCAGAGCUCGUUACUGGCCACAAGCUGGAAGACAUUCAAGCUCUCACCUUGAUCUGCUCCCAGCUACGCAACCAACCUCGCCCUGGUGCAGCUUGGAUGUUCACCAACAUGGUCAUGGGAUUGGCUAUCGAAUCGGGUCUGCACCGAUCCGCAAAAGCAUGGCAAGGCUCAGGCAUGAAUCAGGAUCCUCAACAUCUGGAGAUGCGGAAACGUAUUUUCUGGAGUCUGCUGGUGUUCCAUGUCCACGUUUCUGGGAAGCUUGGCCGACCAAUGCCUCUGCGUAUGGAAGACUUCGACAUUGAGAUACCGGAGCCUAUGCACGAUUUUCUGCCAGAGGAAGCAAACUUGCCCGAGUGGAAGAAGUGCUCAUGGCGAGCAGGUGGUGAGGGAUUCAAGCUGCUGAAGAUCAUGAUGCGUGUCUACGCCACCAUCUACUCGAUAAAGUCGACUGGACAGUACGAGACAAACAUCAAAGUGCUUGAGAAUGACCUCGACACUUUCCAAGCCCAAGUACCCGUGGAGCUUCGAGGCGGUGCUGAGACGAAAGAGGAGGAUCGAGUUUCAGCACUAUAUCUGGACAUGUCGGUUGCGGAGUGCCAGCUACUGCUUCACCACCCAUCUCUCUGCAGAUCAGCGACGCCUCAGACCAUGAGCAGCAACCUUGACGUAUGCCUUCAUUGGAGCGGCAGACUGCUGGCUUGUGCGAUUCAGCUCAAGACACUGAAGUCUCUCGACACGACCUGGUAUUACUCCACGGACUUCCUCGCAGCAAUUUUUACCACCCUUUUCGCCUGGACCGAGCGGCGAGACCAGAUGACGUCCACCGACUUGCAGAGUGUGCGACAUGAUAUGGAUCAGUGGUUGGACGUGAUGGGCGAAGUGGGAAACCUACUCGGUCAGAGUCUUGUGCCGGAAACGAGAGAGCAGGUUACCGACAUAUCAGCAGGAACUGGACCGCAGCUUCAGCAAGCCAUCAGCGGGAUCAUUGACUUCUCAUUGAGUAACCUGAACCGGCACAUCGCUGCCAAGACAGCUUCGGCAGCCGUCGCAUCUACGGUCUCACCAAACACCCAGGAACAGGACGCGGCCCAGUCACUGUACAACAGCACCAACGAGAGCGAUACUUACUACACCAACGGCACAGGCAGCCAUGAUAUCGCCCAACCACAAACCCAGGGACAAGCAUACAUGAAUGGUCAGGCAGGGCACCAAGAUCAAGCCCAGAGCUAUCCAGUCUCCACUCCUUAUACUUACCCUGGCGUCCAAAACGGGACGUUGGCAUACAAUCAGAACAACUUGGCAGCCUACGACACUUCGGCAUACUCCAACGAGGAGGCAAAGCCCAACAUCGAGGCACAACUCCAUGCAGCCGCCCAGGAAGCUGCCAUGUCUUCGCAGCCUCAGACCUCCAACUUUCUUGCAGCUUUCCAAUCACCCACGGGUCAAGUCAGCAACGGUUUCCAGCAAUCACCACAGCAGGCAGAAUACCCACAGGCAGGGCCCGCGGCCUGGAGGCAUUUCGCUAACUCCAUGAUGACCAACGUGAGUGGCCAGGAGUACAUUCAGACUCCAGCCGGGGCACUAAUGGCUCUUAGCGGUGGUAAAGCCGGUGACGGCUCCAUCGACCUCGCUACUGCCACGAUGGGUAACAUACCGAUGCCCAACGAUGGCACCACGCAACCCUGGCCUUUACUGCAAUACACUGGCGGCAACGGCGAUGGCCAUCAAUGA